GCCUAUAUGCCUACAUAUUUAUCAGUAUUUAUAUCAUGGAUAGCAUUCUGGAUCGAUACAAAAGCUCUGCCAGCACGCAUAACGCUUGGUGUUAGCUCACUGAUGGCGUUAACUUUUCAGUUUGGUAACAUUGUCAAAAAUUUACCACGUGUGUCAUACGUAAAGGCACUGGAUAUAUGGAUGUUUGGCUGUGUUGGCUUUAUCUUUUUGUCUCUUGUUGAGUUAGCAGUCGUUGGCUAUGUGGAUAAGUUAGACUUGAGAAAAAAACGACGCAUACGAGUUCGAGAAUCCAGUUUUCGAAAGCACACCGAACCAUGGAAUAUGAAACCGCCAAGAAAUACAAAUUCCAGGCUUCAAUUAUCAAAUAUAGAUAGUCCAGUGAAAGCUUUGCAGCAAAAUGGGUCAUUUCUCUACUUGAAUUCAGAUAACCGAAAUAUACAUGAUAACAAUAGCAGUUUCACAACACUCUGGUCAUCCGAUUAUCCAUCCAGACAGAUGCAACGAGAAAGUUUUCGUCGUAUUUCAACUGCUGAAGAGCCAAGAAAAACAGAUGGAGAAAAAAUUGACGAGGCAAUGUUUUUUACCAAUCAGUUAUUUAAAAUACGUAUGGAUUUGGAACUUUUACUUUUCAAAACUUCCAUCAAAAUUUAA